CCGAGUAGCAGACAGAGCUUUUCCCAGAUGCAGUCUGUUCCGAAUCUAAAGCUGCCACGCGUGUCAGUAGGCCAACUGCACUGGGAAAAUGUGCAGUAACUCCACUAGGAAUGCGCUCCUCACUGGACAAAUUCCACAGUAUGCGUCACAGUGGGACAAGGCGUCAACUGUGAAAUAGUUCGCUAACCAACAAACCUGAGACCAAACGUACACCCGCAGAUAGGUAAUACAACGUUUUCUACCCGAAAAGGCUGUGGACUAAAAGACAUUUUCAUCUUUAAGGGAUUUAAUUUGGGAUUUCUGCAAGGAUGUUUUUUAAAACCGUUAUUUUCCUGACAGCCGUGAAUGAAGUUUUCUCCGUUUAUAACGGCAGCUCCAUCAUCAGGACCUUUUCCAGGAAUAGGUUAGUCAUUGAAGGGCCCCUGGUCACAGAUGAGCCCAUAGAUCUGGACUCACUGUACUCAGAUGAAGAAAUCAACAGGCCCGGCGUCAGAAUAAGCAAUGGGUCUGGACCAGAGCAGGUGAAACAGAAUCAUAACUCAAUCGAGCAAUACACAAUCUCUGUUACGGCCAGUGACUUCCUCACAGGCCACCUGUCCACCAUCUUCAUCCCAACGCUUUACACCACCGUCUUCCUCAUCAGCGUGCCCCUCAAUGCCAUCGCCGUGUUGGCCUUUACCCGAUGGAUCCGACCCGUGAAGCCGACGGCUGUGUACAUGCUGAACUUGGCGGCUGCUGACCUGCUGUUCUCCCUGCUGCUGCCCUUCAAGAUUGUGUACCACUACAGAGGCAACGACUGGGUCUUCGGGGAGGGGAUGUGCCGCCUGGCCAGCGCGGGCAUCUACUGCAACAUGUACUGCUCCGUCCUCCUCGUGUCCUGCAUCAGCGUGGACCGCCUGCUGGCUGUGGCCUACCCCAUUGCCUCCUUGCCCUGGAGGAGCCCCGGUAGGGCCGCCUUGAUCUGCGGCAUCAUGUGGGUCCUGGCCGUGGGCGGCUCACUGCCCCUGGUCCUCUCAAGGCAGACGCUCUACUACGACCCGCUGGGUGUCACCACCUGCCAUGACAUCCAGGACCGGGAGAUGCUAGAGGAGCUUUACGUCUUCUUCUUCCCCAUCCUCUCCUGCGCCCUGUACUUCCUGCCUCUUUUGGUCUUUGCAAUCUGUUACUCCCGGGUGGUUCAGGUGCUCAACAAGGCUCCUAGUGGUUUUGUAGGUCAUUCGAGGCACAAGGCACGGGCCAUGGUGAUGGUGGUCACUGUCCUGCUUGUAUAUGUGGUCUGUUUCACACCCAGCAACGUCAUUCUCCUGGCCCACUAUCUGCAGAUCGCUGGGCUGGUGGGAGGGCAGUCAGACACUACCCAUGUGGCAUACCUGCUGUCACUAUGUCUGGGGAGCGUCAGCUGCUGCCUGGACCCCCUGAUCUACUGUUGUGGCUCAUCCCAGUGCCGGAGGCUGGUGACGGGACUGUUUGGAUGCACCAAGGGACAGAAGGGCCUGGCCCUCUCCUCUGGUUCCUCCAGGAACAAAACAAAAUCCAACCAGAGAAGCAGCACGAGGAUUACUAGUGUGGAUGCCUUUCAAGCCAGCCUCAAAAACCAGUACAACAAACUCCUGAUACUCUUCAAGCAUUGCAGAUAUUAUUGUUGUAACGUAUCGUUGUCAGUUAAUAUGACUUUUGACCAACAUUGGAUUAAACUAAUCGCUCUAUUGGCCUGCGUCGAACUCUGUCUUUCGAAUAAGAAUGGCCAUGGUGAUGAAGGCUACUCAUACCGUGGCUUAUCAGGGAUAGAGACAGCGGAGGGGGUGCAAGUCUCCAAGACUGCUGGCAUGAUCCUGGGCAGUCGUCUGACCACGGUGUUCCUUCCCAUCGUCUACAUAGUGGUGUUUGCUGUGGGACUGCCCACCAACGCAAUGGCCAUCUGGGUCUUCUUGUUCAGGACCAAGAAGAAGCAUCCUGCCGCCAUUUACAUGGCCAACCUGGCUCUGUCCGACCUGCUGUUUGUCAUCUGGACCCCCCUGAAGAUCGCCUACCACUUCAACGGUAACAACUGGAUAUAUGGAGAGGGGCUGUGUAAAGUCCUGGUAGGCUUCUUCUAUGGGAACAUGUACUGUUCCAUUUUCUUCAUCACUUGUAUCAGUGUUCAGCGGUACUGGGCCAUUGUCCACCCCCUCUCUCAGAAUAGGAGAAACAACCAGUUAGCCGUUGGUGUCUGCGGUGCCAUCUGGGUCGGGGUCUGGCUGCUGACCACCCCUCUGUACCUCUAUGACCAGACGGUCAGGGUGACCAACCUCGACAUCAUCACCUGCCACGACGUUACCCGACCCAGCCAGAAUAACAUGGCAUCCGGCUACUUCCUGACCAUGGGAAUUGUGGGCUUUGUAUUUCCAGCCAUUGUGUGUGUGGUGGCCUAUGUUCUGAUGCUCAAGGCCCUGAGGGAGACCAUGACUGACCCCAGCAUCACCAACAAUCGGCACAGGGCAGUGGUGCUCAUCAUUACUGUACUGGUCAUGUUCCUGGUCUGUUUCACCCCCAGUAACAUUAUGCUGCUGGUACACUACUCUCUCCUGCUGGCAGGCUUAGAAAACAAUGGCUACGGCUUCUACAUCACCACUCUGUGUCUGGCCUCCCUCAACAGCUGUCUGGAUCCAUUUGUAUACUACUUCAUCUCAGAGGAGUUCAGGGAUCAUGUGAAGAACUCACUGAGAUGUCGCAGCGAUAGGACUGUGAAACGAAAGAAGGUCUCCUUCAGUGCUCUGAAGUUCUCAAAGAAGAGCAGCACUUAUACCUCAGAGUCUGGCAACACACAGAGCAGCUCCUGUUAGGGAGUUGUUGGCUGGAAAGGAAGUACUGAUGUUUUCGAAGAACUGGACAGGUGCCAGAAAUACUGCAUAUUGCUUUCUACGGACAUUUUGUUUUUAUUGGUAUUGGAGAGGAAGCCAUUUUAAAUGAUGUGCUCAUUGCAUCAUAAUUAUUAACAUUUAAUUAAGGUUAAAUGUUCUUGACCAAUAUAAAUAAUACCUAAACCAUGAAUGUAUGAUCUUUAUAUUCUUGUAUGUGCACAUCUGACUGACAAGAAAUGUAUUUACUGUACAUAUUUAUUUGUAGUUUAAACCUUUUAAACUGCAAUUGAGAUGGAAAUCUUGCUUUCUCAAUAAAGAUGUAUUUUUUUCAAAUGUUAUUGCAUGCUAUGGUCAGCUUAGUGGCAUUUAUUAUUUGUUCCCCUUUGUUGUCAUGAGUUUCCUGAUAACAAAGACAAAAUAGGAAGCUAAUGUUUAUAUUUAAUGUUCAGUAAAAGAUUUUAUUUUCUGUACUGUAGACUAUACCCUGAGAGAUGCUGAUACACCAACUAAAAUCGCAAAUUCCUGAAUUUAAUUCAAUAAAAUAGAUCCCUCAGAGCAAUUUUAAUGUUUAUUGUUUACAUAUUAAAAUCAUACAACUAAAAAUACUUUGUUUGGGAAAUGAU